AUGUGGAAAGUAAUAUCACUUGAUGCAACAGGUACAUUAUUCAAAGUAAGAGGAACUACAGGGUUUCAUUAUAAUAAAGUAUUAAACAACUAUGGAUUAUAUUUAAAAGAUGAUAUUGUUAGUAAGAACUUUUUAAAGGUCUUUUCAGAUUUGUCAAAAGAACAACCUUGUUUUGGACACUCAAAAGAACAAAAAGAUAUCUCUUUUUCAAUGUCUCGAAUCAAAACAGACAAUAGUAAUGUUGUUGGUACAACAUCACAUCAUACAGUUGGAGGAGAAAAGUGGUGGUUUGAUCUAAUUAAAUUGGUACUACUUAAAUCGAUCGACCCAAACGACGAAAAGGCAUCACGAUUGGUAAAGAAUCUACCCGAUCAAGCAUACAUGGAACUAUAUAAAAGAUUCGAAGGUAAAAGUGGAGGUGUCCCAUCAAUGGUGUCUGGUCAUCACGAUUGUUGGGAAGUGUAUCCAGAGGUGGUUGAAACACUAGAGGAACUGCAAAAAAGAAAGAAAUACCUAUCGGUCAUUUCAAACUUUGACGAAAGAAUCUUUUCAAUCCUACAAGACUUGGAUUUAAUUAAAUAUUUUUGUAUAAAAAAUCAAAGAUCAAAACUUUUUAAUAAUAAUCAAAAUAAUCAUCAAAAUAAUAAUAAUGAAUAUUAUAUCAACAAAUCAAAUAAUCUUAUUAAUUCAAGUGAAUCUAGUAAUUGUAAUAAUAAUAAUUCUAUACCACCAAAUUAUCUAAUUACAACAUCUCUCAAUAGUGGAUACCAAAAACCGCAUUGGAAUAUAUUUGAACAUGGAUUCAAUCAAAUCAACAAAGAGAUUGAUCCGUCGCUAACAAAGGAGGAGAUUGUCUAUGUUGGUGACUCUGAUCAAAAAGAUUAUCAAGGUGCUACCAACUAUGGAUUCUCGGCUCUUUUACUCGAUCGAUACGGCAAACAUCCUCAACACCCUAAUCGUAUCUCAACAUUGAAAGAAAUAUUACCUUUAUUAAAAGAUUGA